GCUCGGAACUGUUGAAAAGAUUUGCCUUUUGAAAGUAGAAAAAAAGUUAUAUUUUUAUUAGACUUUUAUAAGCAUGACCAUUUUGGGACCUAAAAUUGUUUUGUUUUGUUUAUAUUAAAGUGAAUGUAAAAAAUAUAUCUUUUUUAAAAAUAGUACAAAAAUGAUACUGAUUGGGUAUGGGACCGUAAGAAAGUAUUGCAAUUAAAAGUAGAAAAAAUAGUUACAUUUUUGAUUAUACGUUUACAAGCGGGACCAUUUUGGGGCCUAAAAAUUAUAUUAAAUUGAAUAUUUUUUUUAAAUAAAAGAAAUGCAUCGUAUUUUGGUAACAAAGUGAGAGAAAAAGCUAAAUAUUACAAAUCUCUCAAAUUAUGCAACUGCAUUAACCACAAUAACGGAAAAAGUUAUCAUACUGUAUAUCUGUAAGGGAUUUUAUUUUAUUAAUUAAUUGGUCAGGUAUUUCUUUAUUAAAUAGCGUAUAAAAGAAGACAAAAUAGAGGUAGUUCUUCAAACGUCGGCCCAUAUAGAAAUAAAUAUGCCGCACCUCCCCUUUAAACAGGCUGUUGUGGGUUGUCGGUGAGUCUACACCGUAGACCACUGUGGCCAGGCCAACAGGCUAGCAGUCUGACCUACGAGCUGCCAGCCACCUACUAGCAAACAAUGGUUACAUUUCUGACUUAAAAGUUCCGUAAAAGACAAUAGAUGGUUAAAAAAUGUGGAUUUAAGAUAAGCGGAGAGCCGUCAAUGUAAAGAAAGAGGAUCCAUGGCAAAGUGGCUGAAGGACUACCUGAACUUUGGCAACCGGCGUGACCCCCCGCAGCCCCCGAGGCCCGACUACAGCGAGAGCGAGAUCCUGCGCGCCUACCGAGCCCAGAAGGAGCUGGACUUCGAGGACCCGUACCAGUGCUCGGACAAAGAGCAGCAGAAUGGCGGUUACGACGGCGCCAAAGUGAGCCUGCCCCUGUUCCCAGCGUUUGGUUCCACCUUAUCUAACGGUGCAGAGGUCAAAGUGCUGUCCCCCAAACACAGACUGAUUAAAGUGGACUCUCAGGAGUUCGGCCACUGCAAGAGUCCCCUGAGUCCUGUCACUGUUCAAGAGGAGCCUGUGCUGCCCUCCGCCCCGGUAGCACCGGACGCCGACACAGACUACUCUGACCCCUUCGACGCCCGCCCAGACCCACGGACCCGACCCAGCUGGGCGCCCAAAUCCUCCCCAUCGGACUGUUGCAGCUACAUGGAGCCGUUUGAGGCUCAGCAGAUUAUUUCAGAAAUGCAACGUAACAAGUGUGCCAGCGGGAGCGUCGGCCAGCUGUACGACAACCCGUACGAGGAAAGAACCCGUCAGCAGGCACGCGUUGCGCCGACUGCACCGCAGCAGCAGCAGCCCGCCCACAGGCUCGACGCCGGGCUUUCCCCCGUCAGGGAGAGCAGGCUGCCCCAAAACGAUGAGCGGCCCGCCGAUGAAUACGACCAGCCGUGGGAAUGGAAGAAGGACAACAUCUCCAAAGCUCUCGCGGUUCAGUUCGAGGGCGCCGAGAGGGAACGUUCACGCAUCCAGACGGAGCAGAGCAGGAUCGCAAAGAGCGGCGGCUCGACCACGUCGGUGGACUCCAACACUCUGCGCCUGGUCUGUGACGCCCUCCCCCUCCUAGGAGAGAGAGUGGACCCCUUCAUGCCGCUAGAAAGACAAGUAUGGUACCACGGAGCCAUGAGCCGCUCCGAGGCCGAGACUCUGCUGACUCUGUGCAAGGAAAGUUCCUACCUGGUGAGGAACAGCCAGACCUGCCGUAAUGACUACUCUCUCUCGCUCAGGAGCUGCAAGGGCUUCAUGCACAUGAAGUUUACCCGCUCCGCCGACGGAUGCUUCGUGCUUGGGGAGAACAGCCCGCCCUUCCCCACCAUCCCGGAGGUUAUCCACUACUACACCACACACAAGCUGCCCAUCCGAGGGGCGGAGCACAUGUCCCUGCUGUACCCCGUCAUCGUGCAGACGCUCUGACAUCUCUCGGUGCUACUGAAAACACGAUGUUGCUCCGUAUUUACUGUACCAGCUCACCGCCUCGUCCCGAUACACACUUUCAGCAGGCAGCUACAAUCCAGCCCGGUGCCUCAAGACUCAUUUUCUAGUCUUUUCUCUUGGACUUUUACAGCCAUUACAAUGUUUCUUUUGGCUUUAAUUAACGAGAAAAGACCUAAAGUAGAUCCGGUUUGAGUAGAAAACUACUAUGCUUCCCAUCCUGUAGGUAUUAGCGACCCAUGUAGAGGACUUCUUAAAGGCACAGUUGAGGGUUUUCGAAGCCUGUGAAUGUCAAAAAGGAUGCCUGCUGCCGCUCAGCAAGCAGGACAGCUUUAGUGAAGUAUUGAAAGUCUUUGUGAUCCUGACCUUUUUUUAAAAAAUAUAUACAGUAUAGCUUUGUUUUGUUUUAUAAGAUUUG